AUGGCCAAAUUUAUGGGACUACCGUUGGCAGUUUGCGCAAUAAGUCUCCACUUUUUUGGAUUCAUAGAUGCAGUGGAAUAUGAUUUCUUAAAUAGUAUGACCUCUUUGAAUACCAAUGCCCUAGUUGUAUUCCAGAUAAACAUGGAUGACAUUGGGAUUGCAACUCUGGCAUGCCCACGCCAAGUCAACGGUACUGAGUAUGUAUGGCAUCCCCAACCAACCGCUGAUCAUGACGUCAGUCUCAAAACCUAUGUGAUUGAAGAUGGCAAGUUUCACUCCGUCCCUUUUUCGAAGGUAGUGGUCACCGAAGCACCACUCCCAUAUGGUUGGAAAGUGUCAAAGGAGUCGCAAGCUGAGUUGCAUAUUGAUCUGAUGGAUGACCAUAUAUAUGCCAUUACUGAAGAACGUUUGGCGUUCAUUUGUGGUCCUAGAAAUUUGGUAUUGAGUGAUGCGCUGCAAGCCCGACUUGCUCGCCUACGGGAGAUUGAUGAAAGAGACGGUUAUUUAUGGGAUUCGACAGCACUAUUACUUGACGAAAUAGACAAGAUAGGGAAGAGUCUGGGGGUGAUAUACUUGCACAGAGGCCUCAAGCACAAACUUCUGCAGGGCUGCGGAAGCCGCCCCUCGAAACUCUUUGCUCCAGAUGAUGACGUGGCUGUAGACCCCAUCACGAACACACGAUCGUGUGUGGUAGAUCCGGUGUCGGAAUCGCCCAUCGGUUUUAUUUGUCAAGGGCGUAUUGAACCUGAUGAUUGCAUGAGGUAUCUCUUGGACAGUACGGGCAGAGUCGUGACUGCUCCUACACCACAUUUAUAUAGGAAUUUAGAUAAUCGUGAAAAAUGGGUUAUUGCGCAAUAUUUUAAUGGCGUAGCAUUACCCCGUUUCAACGGCGAAUGCCGAUGCAUAGAUCCUGGGACUGGUCACGUGAAGGCAAGGAUAGAGGUCCGUUGGAAAACUGAAUACAUUUGUGACAUAACCAGCAUGAUUGCCCGUAACAGGUUCAAUCCUAUUCGUGGGCCGUGGUGUUCAGUGAUGCUACAUCCGGGUGCUACGUUGACCAUAAAGUUGCCAAAACAGACAGUCAAGUCGAUUCCUACUAACGAGGAAUUCGAAGAAGACGGCGAUAUUGACGAGGAUGCUUUGAGAGUCCCAUACUCGCAACUUCCAUCUACACAUGCAUAUGAAAGUGAAUUCAAGCCGGACACGGAGUUGACGCUACGCCAAAUACAAACACUUUAUGACAUCAAUGAUUACGACGAAAUUUUCAUCCACGAAGCAUAUACUGGCGGCGCUCUUGAGGUAGAUGUAUCCCAAAUGGAGAGAGGAGAGGUGAAACUAAAGUACCGUAUGGACAGACCCCUGGCGUUAAGAAAAGGAUACAACUCGUUCUUAUAUCAUUGGACAGUCAUAUCUAGGAACGAAUACAUUAUCGAGAAGAUACGCGCUGUGGUGAACGUCUCACUUGCGCCUACUUAUCGCUACAAUAUUAUUGGUUGUGACAGAUGGAGACCAAGUAUGUUUGAUCCGGCAAAGGAUUUUGGCUCUGUUACAAUUAGAGACAUGCGGAAUGGUAUAGGGGAAACAUAUGAAUGGCUGUUAGAUGUCAGUAGUGGCGAGGAGCAAGCCGGCAUUCGAUGUGGUCCCAAUGAGGAUCUGCUUCCAAACAAUUGCGAAUCCACAGGAUACGAUCUUUCCUCCAAUCAGAUUGCGCCAUUUCCUACAUCUGUGCGCAAUGCCACACAUUACCCAAUUCGAGGAUUUCAGGUAUUCGAGAUGAGCUUCCAAAAUGUCCCCGUCAGUCACGCUUGUAGUUGUGUUGAUGUAAGUGGAUACGAGACAUCUAGACUUAUUUUAAAAUCCAACCGUCGUGAGGAGUAUGAGUAUACAGUAAGACGUGAAGACGCAAAUCAAAGGUUGCUGCCUUACUCAUUACUUCCCCUGAUCGAGGUGGCAUAUGUAUACGCCAAUAUAACUCCUAUGCGAUCAGUAAUGCUACACAACGCACCCCAGAUACCUAUAAAAUUACAUUCGGGAACAGAAUUCAUCAUGCGAUGUGUUCUUGAUGGAGGGUUGUACGACGAUGAGAAUAACGCCGGCGCAAUACCUAUCUGGUUACCAUAUUAUACUGGAUUCAACCAUUACAAAGUAGACACGACCGCAAAAGGAGAUAUGCUAAUUCCAAUGCGAAACGAAGAUAGAAUCGCUGGCACAAAAGGUGGAAUCGAGAUCAUUAUGUUAGAAGACAACAAUCAAUAUAGUGAUUUUACAAUAAAAUCCAAUAGCGGCGCAAUUUUGGUAUCUAGAGAUCCAGAUCACUCGGAGUACGUGUCAAUGACAUUCGUUUGCGGUAAGGAGUUUUCAGAAUCAGAUUUUGAUCAAAGCAUCAAUGACGUAUCUGCAGCUGACAUUCCCCUGACUUUAACGUUGUUGGAGGAAUACACGUGGAACGUAGUUCAAAUUGACGUAGAGAUGACGGACCCAUACAUACAAGGGUGCGGAAUAACUGACUCAAGAGAUACGUUAUUCAAGCCCGAGACACCCAACAUAUACGACGCUGACGGAGGAGAAAUCGGUUGCAAAAUCGACAUUCAGACCGCUAAGGAAGCAGCAUUCUACUGCCCGGCGCCGUACGUACUCGACCCACCCAACUGCUUCGACCAAGUGUUAGUGGAGGGUGAAGUGAUGAACCUAAGCGAGGUCAGCUAUUCGUUGGUAGCGUCUCGAACUAAUCACUUUGUCACGCUGGAGUUCGACGGCAAGGUAGUAGGAGCUGGGGAGACCCUUCGCCAGUCGCCGCCACUUGAAUGCCGCUGCGUCACUAUCAAGGGCAUCGUUCUCUCCACCAUCCAGGUUGAGAACUAUUACGCGAAGUAA